AUGGCUUUCUUGAUACCUGUGUUGUUGAGCAAACGAAAUCUAGACAUGUUUGUUAGCAGUGUCCUCUGGUUGUUGCUGCUUAGUUGUAGCUUCAGCUUUGGCGUUGAGAGCGAUAUCAACUGCUUGAAAAGUAUAAAAGCAUCACUUGAGGACACUUUAGGUUACUUAAACUCUUCAUGGGAUUUCAACAACAACACUGAAGGCUUCAUCUGCAACUUUCUCGGGAUCGAGUGUUGGCACCCUCACGAGAGCAAGGUUCUGAACAUCAAGCUUUCGGAGUUGGGACUAAAAGGUCAGUUCCCUCGGGGCGUAGAAAAUUGUACAAGCUUAACAGGUUUAGAUCUUUCAGGCAACAUGCUCAGUGGACCUCUUCCUCAUGAUAUCGAUAAAAUUCUUACGUGGGUUACGUCUCUUGAUCUCUCUUCCAACAGCUUCUCAGGGCUGAUCCCCGCGACACUUUCCAAUUGCAGCUAUAUGAAUGUGCUCAAGCUUGAUAACAACCAGUUCUCGGGUAACAUUCCGGCAGAAGUUAACCAGCUAACUAGGCUUAAAACUUUUAGUGUGGCCAACAAUCUUCUGUCGGGCCAAGUGCCACCAUUCGGUGAGAAUAUUGCUUCAAUUAGAAGGGACAGUUAUGCCAACAAUCCUGGACUUUGUGGAUACCCCCUCAAGCCUUGCCCAUCAAUAUCUCAAAAGAAGUCCUUGAAUGUGGUUAGGGUGUUCAAGUCGAAUGGUGUAACUAUGGUGACAGCAGCUGGUUUUGGUAUUGGUUUCGUUUUCUCUUUUUCUUUUUUUUUCUUUUAAGAUGAGCUCCAACAGCCUCGUGUGUGCCUUAUUUGGUCAUGUACUCGAACACAGUUAAAUAAGACACCCGCGGGAUUGUCGUUGCAAAUAAUACAUACAAAGUUGGAUGAAUUAGCAUUAUUUUUAGUCUAAAACACACACCAAUGUAAGUAUAAAAUCAACAACAAAACUGAAAUAUUCUAUGUUUAGAUAACAGAAUCAUUAGUCAUUUUAAUUAGGGCUUGUCCAAUAUAGGUCCCCAUAUUUUCUAUUUCCUAGACAUAUACCCAUCACUCUAUAAAUUUAUGUGUAAAACCCAAUUUCAAAUUUAAAUGAUCAGUAGGAUAUAAGAGGUCAUAGUAUUCUUAUGUUUUUACAUCGUUGCCACCAGACUUUAUAUUUUAUUUUUAAUUUAUUUCAAGCAUUUCAUUAACUGCCUUAACAUAUAGGCCCUAAAAUUGCAAACAAAAAAAAAUAAAAAAUAAAAAAUAAAAAAUCUGUAAAUUACAUAUCCAAUAAUG